UUAGCCUGUACCAACAUGGCAGCGCUCUGAGUCCUGCAGGAAGGAACCAGGAGUAAAUAAAGACACAUUUGACGUUUUAGCGGGAGCGACAGCGUCCGGACGUCCGUGUUUAGGACCGGUUGGAUCCGAGGGGGGGAAAAUGUCGAGUGACGGCAGUAAAAAACAGUUCUGGAAAAGAAACGCAGCGAAGGUUCCUGGCAGCAUUCAGCAUGUGUAUGGCGCGCAACACCCACCUUUUGAUCCACUCCUCCAUGCUAACUUGAUUAAGGUGGGCAACAAGCCGUCUCCUGCCACGCCGGGCAAGCCCAAGAAGGCCACGACGUUCCAAGAGUUCGAGAGCAUUACGAGCGACGCCUGGGACGUCGGCGACGACGAUGACGAGCUCCUGGCCAUGGCAGCGCAGAACCUCAACAUCGAGGUUGUCAUGGAGACCGCUAAUAAGGUGAUAGAAAAUCACAGCAAGCUGCAGGAGAGACAGAAGCUGGACGACACCGUAGAGUCGUGUCAAAGAGGGGACGACAACACGCAAGAGGCGGAGUACGAGGAGGACGACGAGGAGGACGAUGAGGAUGACCGAGUGGAGGAGGGAGACUUGACCAGUCCAGAGGUUUCCUUUUCCUUCCAGAGCAGUCAUGACACUGAGGGACGUUUGGUUAAAUCCCACAGCGAAGCUCCGAUCGGAUCACCGAAAGAUGCAGCAAGCGAGCACGCCGCCCUCUACAGACAGCGCUCUCUGCCCCACCGGCCCCCCGUCAUCCCACUCGUAGCUCGCAUGGCUGACCAGAACACGUCGGGCACCCCGGCCAUGACCGAGAGGGAGGCGUCGCGUCUGGAUAAAUUCAAGCAGUUGUUGGCUGGCCCUAACACAGAUCUUGAAGAGCUUCGGAAACUCAGCUGGUCUGGAAUCCCGCGACAAGUUCGACCAAUCACGUGGAAGCUCCUCUCUGGGUACUUGCCAGCCAAUGCAGAGAGGCGAGACAAUGUCCUCCAGAGGAAGCGGCAGGAGUAUUUCGGCUUCAUCCAGCAGUACUACGACUCCCGCAAUGACGAGCACCAUCAGGACACGUACAGACAGAUCCAAAUAGACAUUCCUAGGAUGAGUCCCGAGUCUUUGGUGCUCCAGCCAAAGGUGACAGAGAUUCACAUUGACAUACCGAGAACUAAUCCUCUUAUUCCUCUCUUUCAACAAGCUUCUGUCCAAGAGAUAUUUGAACGCAUCCUCUUCAUUUGGGCCAUACGGCACCCGGCCAGCGGCUACGUGCAAGGCAUCAACGACCUGGUCACGCCCUUUUUUGUGGUCUACGUCUUUGAGUACAUCGAGGAAGAAGUGGAAAACUUUGACGUGUCCAGUCUCCAGGAAGAGGCUCUGAGGAACAUCGAAGCUGACAGCUUCUGGUGCAUGAGCAAGCUGCUGGACGGCAUCCAGGACAACUACACUUUUGCACAGCCGGGCAUCCAGAGGAAAGUCAAGGCCUUGGAGGAGCUGGUCAGCAGGAUUGACGAAUCGGUGCAUCAUCACAUGCAGCAUUACGAGGUGGAAUACUUGCAGUUUGCCUUCCGCUGGAUGAACAACCUUUUGAUGAGGGAGCUGCCGCUACGAUGCACCAUUAGAUUGUGGGACACCUACCAGGCUGAACCGGAGGGUUUCUCCCAUUUCCACCUCUACGUCUGUGCAGCCUUCCUAGUGAGGUGGAGGAAAGAGAUUCUAGAGGAGCGAGACUUUCAGGGCCUGAUGAUUCUGCUGCAGAACCUUCCCACAAUGCACUGGGGCAACGAGGAAGUCAGCGUGCUCCUGGCCGAGGCCUACAGGUUGAAGUUCGCCUUCGCCGACGCCCCCAACCACUACAAGAGAUGAUGACGCUGCGCCCCCCCCCCCCCCCCCCAGCCUCCUCCUGGCCAUUCGUCUUCACACUUGAGCUAUGAGAGAUUGAAGUAACUGAGAGGGUGACGCACUGCACAUGUUUUUUUUUUUUUACUUUUUACUUUUUGUGUUUUAUCCCCCCCGAAAUGCGUGGAAGGCGACCUCAGGUGCAACGUCGAGCGAUUGCUAGCGAUGGCCAAUGAGUGUUCUGGCUCUUUCUCUGCAGAGAUUUGACCUUUUUUUUGUCAGUUUUGUGCAGUCAAUGGACGGCGGCGCAAAGGGCAGAGCACGUGGCGUCCAUAACUGAACCUUCUCUCCCGCUCAACCUGACGGAACAUCAUUUUUUUUUUUUUUGCCUUCGCCUUGCCCUCGAGCGAUGAGGAUUGCCCCUCCUUGGAGUCCAGAGAGCUUCAUCAGCAUCCACAUGAAUCAAGCGCCACCGGGGGGGUAAGAAUUUAUCUCCCUGCAACAUCUUAUUUAUUGGCUCCAGGGAAGUCAUAAAGUGUCUCAAUAGGACACGUGACGAUUGGUCAAGGGACUUACCUUGGGAAAGAUUUUUGUUUGCAAAGAUUGUUGCAACAGGGAUGGACGCCUUUCCAUUUUUCUUCCCCCGCUCACAUCAUCAGCCUUUUAGAAGUUGUUUUUUUUAUUUAUUUUUUUAUGAUUUGUCUACAUUAUCCCAUUAAAUCGUGCCUGACAUCAAGAAAUAUAUAUAUAUAAAUAUAUUAUUCAUUUUUUUUUUUACAUGUUUUUAUUUCCAUUUUUUGUUUAAUGUUCUGGCUGUUGUGUGAGUUACAAACCCCGCCUCUAUAAUAGUGAUUGUCCAAUCAUAUGGCAGCAACACGUCCGUUUUAGGAAGUCCCUGAUCAUAUUUCUAUAAUGACACACUUGCAGGUCACAAUAUUAGGCACACCUACAAAAGGGAGGACCAGCCAAUCAACAAUUUAAAGAAGGGCGGGGCUUACUGAUGAAUCACUUUUGUUUUUACUGCCUUGAUUUGACAAGUGUAAAAAAAAAAAAAAAAAAGUUUAUAUUUUAGCCUUUUUUUUGUUGUUGUUUUUUUUUUAAAUUGAAUCAGUAGAUAGAAUUAAUAUCCGGCAUCCCCCAUUUAAGGAAGUGGGGGAUUUAUUGAAGCAUCAUGUUUGUUCUUAUUGCCUUGAUCCCCUAGAAAAAAUAAAAUAAAACAAAUAAUUCAGAUUUAACAAGUGUAAAAAAAAAAAAAAAUAAGUUUAUAUUUUAGCCUUUUUUUUGUUGUUGUUUUUUUUAAAUUGAAUCAGUAGAUAGAAUUAAUAUCCGGCAUCCCCCAUUUAAGGAAGUGGGGGAUUUAUUGAAGCAUCAUGUUUGUUCUUAUUGCCUUGAUCCCCUAGAAAAAAUAAAAUAAAACAAAUAAUACAGAUUUAACAAGUGUAAAAAAAAAAAAAAAAGUUGAUCUUUUAGACUUUUUUGAAAUUUAAUAAGUAGAUAGAAUCAAUAUCUGGCAUUUCCAAUUGAAGGAAGUGAGGGGCAUAUUGAAGCAUCAUGUUUGUUCCUAUUGCCUUGAUCACAUUGAAAAAAAAAAAAGAUUAAAAUAAUACACAUUUAACAAGUGUAAAAAAAAAAAAGGAGAUUUUUUUAGACUUUUUUUAAACAGUUUUUUUUUUUUACAUUUGAAUCAAUAAAGAUACUAUUUGAGAUCUCCAAUUUAAGAAAGUGGGGGGCUUGUUAAGCGUCACAUUUAUUAUUAUGGCCUUAAUCCGGCAAAAAAAAUUGAUAAAAAAAUAAAAAUACGGAUUUAACAAUUUAAAAAAGUUAAUCUUUCUGACAUUUUUAUUUUUUAAAUGUAAUUUUACAAAAUGAAUCAAUAGAUAGAAAAAAAUAUCUGGCAUCCCCAUAUUAAAGAAGGGCAGAUCAUACUGUAGCAUCGUUUUUGUUCUAAUCCCUUAUUCCAC